AUGGCCACUCUAUCUUCAAAACCCAAUCAUGUUCGAUCAAUCAGUUUGCCUGGGAGAUCACACCCUAUCACCCAAAGAGUUGAAGAGGAGAUAAACAAGCUCAAAUCAUUAUCAGUUGCACCAACAGCAGACAGUGUGUACAGUGGUCUAUUCGGAUUGGAGAAAUUAUACAAGCGCAUAGAUGAUCUUUUCAGCUUACCACAAACCCUCUGCCAAAGUCUAGAUGCUGAAUGGGUUGAAGAUUUAUUGGACAAAUCCGUGAGGCUUCUUGAUGUUUGUGGCACUACAAGGGAACUUGUCUCACAAUAUAAAGAAAAUGUAAGAGAUCUUCAAUCAUCUCUCAGAAGGAGAAAAGGAGAUUCAACUACAGAUGAUAGCGUUGCCAGAUUUACCUCUUUCAGCAAGAAGAUCAAGAGGGAUGCCAAAAGAUUAGCCUUGAAUUUGAAACAAAUGGAUCAAGAGACUGCAGUAGCAGUCUUGCUAGAUGCAGAUCAAGAUACAAUAGCUGCGAUUAGAGCACUAAGAGAAGCUAAUGCGGUGUGCAUUUCAAUUUUCCAAAUACUGUUGUCCUUCCUGUGUGUGCCACUUUUGAAGCCAAAACAAUCAAAAUGGUCACUGCUUUCAAGAUUGGUACACAAAGACAGAAUAGUACCUGAAGUCCAAGAAGAAAACACGAGCUUAGAAACCAGGCUGGAAACAUUCGGGGCCUACCUUGACAGCUUUGAAAAUGCACUGGAAGCUACAUUUAGGUGCUUGAUUAGAUCUAGAAGCUCGCUCCUCAAUGUUCUUUCUUGUUAA